AUGUCUCUUAUCAGGGCAUCCUUAGCUGCUCAAGGCAUAACGGGGGAACCUCAGGACAUCAUCGUGGCGUCAUGGCGAGAUGGAACCCACAAACAAUACUGCACAUAUAUUACAGCCUGGUUAAAGUACUGCUCUGAUUGUAACAUCAGCCAAGUCAAUCCCAAGCUGCAGCAAGUCCUUGAUUUCCUUACUCUGCAAUCUAAAUGUGUGGGAUAUAGUGCGGUUGCAACUGCCCGAAGUGCACUGUCAAGUUUCAUUAAAGUUGAUGGUGUAAAAGUGGGUGACCACCCCUUGGUGUCAAGGUUUAUGACUGGCCUGUUUAAUCAAAAGCCAGCCCUUCCACGCUAUUCUGAGACUUGGGACCCCCAAAUAGUGCUUAACCACCUUAAGACAUUUCCAGCCAUUGAUGAUAUGUCACUGAAACAGCUUACCCUGAAACUGGUCAUGCUUAUGGCCCUAUUGUCUGCACAGAGAGUUCAGACUCUUACAGUCCUUGUCCUUGGAAGAAAUGAGUACCCUUCCUGGAAAGUAUGUCUUUCGCAUCUCUUCUGUUUUAAAACAAACAACUGCCAAAGGGGGCCAGAACAGACAUUUACUACCCGUUACUUUUCAUAGUUACCCCCCUGGACAAACGACUGUGUAUCGUGGAGCUACUUUCAGCUUAUGUUAAAAGAACCGCUCCUCUCAGGAAAGAGACAAAGCAGUUGCUUAUUUGCCAUGCUGAGCGUCAUGGACCAGCUUCAUGGGACACAAUAUCACGUUGGAUAAAACAAACCAUGAAGGAUGCGGGAAUUGAUACUACGGUUUUCAAACCCCACAGCACUAGGGGUGCCUCUACUUCAGCAGCUAAAGCAUUGAAUGUUCCUGUUCAGGUUAUAAUGAACACUGCUGGAUGGCGUUCUGAUUCUACUUUUGCCAAAUUCUAUGAUCACCCUGUCCUAACUGCAAACAACUAUGCUGCAGCAAUUCUGGGAGAUAAGAAAUAAUAUAUUGUAAUCUCAAAUAACUCCCUUCUUUGAGUCAGUGCAUAUUCAAACAAUGCCUUAUAUUGAUAUCAGCUGUUGUUGCAGUACUUACUACUAUCAUGUAAGAGGCCUAUUACAAAUACAUAUUAUGUUGUGUUCAUUCACCACUUUUUGUUGUCUGAGUUUUCUGUGGCUUUGAGCUUUAAAGUCUCAUGUGACCUCCGAUUGUAUGCAAAUGCGAGGUAGAAUUGUUAAUUAAACGAGACUUACCUGUAAGUCGUGGUUUGAUUGAGAUUCUACCGUAGCAUUUGCAGGAAUGAGGAGGUCACAUCCCGCCCUACC